CCCGGAUGUAACAUACACGUAUGUCAGGGGCGUCCAACAACUGACGCGGUCAACACAGACCCCGAGGGUGAAGGGUGCUGAAAAUCACGGACCGGUUUGGUUGGAUAGGAGGACACAAGAUGGCUUCCUCAAUCCCAGAAGAGCCAGCCGUCUCACAACUGUUGCAAGUUGAAGACUGUGAAUUCCGAGAUACCACUCAUGCUGAGGAAAUUCUCCGGGUUUUGAACCAACAGAGAACUACUGGCAUCCUCACCGACGUCGUGUUGAGUGUUGGUGAUGGCAGGUUUCCUUGCCACAAAGCCGUGUUAUCAAGCAAUCCAUACUUUGCGGCAAUGUUCUCUAUGGACUUAAAGGAACACCUAGAAGGGAAAGUACGUCUCGAAGGAGUUGACAAGGAAACUGUGAAAAUCCUUCUUGACUUUAUCUACACAGGAGCUAUAUUAAUCCACCAUACAAAUGUACAGUCACUCCUGGAGGCGUCCUGUAUGUUCCAACUUACCAAGAUCACCAACGCCUGUUGCCAGUUUCUGGAGAAAAACCUCGAUUCUAGUAACUGCCUUGGUAUCUGGAACCUUGCCGAUGCUCUAGGCUGUACUGGUUUGUGCGACGCUGCGAGGGCAUGUGCACUGCAGAUGUUUGCAGAUGUUGCACGUGAGGAGGAGAUUGCGGAAAUUCCUAUCCAUCAGUUACAAGAGUAUCUUGCCCAUGACAGUCUGAAGACAAGGAAUGAAGAGCUAGUGUUUGAGACUCUAGUGCAGUGGAUGAAGACUCAUGAAAAGGAAAGCAGGUGUCGGAUAAAGGAUCUCUUGGCUUUAGUCCGCCUUCCGUUUCUACAAUACAGCUAUCUAGUCAACACUGUCCAGACGCAUCCACUCGUCAGGCAGUCGCAAGAAUGUAUUCAGAUGACGGAGACAGCCAAAAGUUACUGGAGUCCAUGUUUUGGAUCACUACGAGACAUCAAACCCAGACGUUUCAGCAAACAGAUGAUUUUAGUUGUUGGUGGAAGGAAGAGAGAAGCCACUGGAUGGAAGCCCGUCCUUGAGAUGAGAUGUUAUGAUCUCUCGAUAAAAAGGGAGGCUGUGAGGACCAGAAAGUCCUUCCUGUCGUCUAACAGGACAGACAAUUUAACAAGUAACACUACUCCAGUUGUGUCACAUUGCACGAUAUCAACCCUGCCCUCCCCCGUACAGAUGAUGGGUGUAGUGGUCCAUGAGCAUCAUAUCUACAUCACGGGCGGGAAGAUCAAACGAAAAUCUCUCAGUCAAGUUCUGAGGUACAACCUGUUCGCUUCCACGUGGGAAACCCUAGCGCCAAUGCAGCAGCCCAGACGCGCGCAUGGGUGUGGGGUAGUGGAAGGACAGGUGUAUGUUCUAGGUGGCAGAGCAGGUCCAAUCAUUGUUGAUACAGUUGAAUGUUAUCACCCAAGCAAGAACGAGUGGCAGUGGUGCGCCCCUCUUCCCCAGCCAGUUCGAGUCCCCAGUGUUGCCUCCCUUCAUGGAAAGUUGUACGCCAUCUGUGGCAGCCUGGGUGCCCAUCACCCGUGUCCUUAUAUCCAAAUCUACACCCCUUCUACUGACUCAUGGACUCUCCUGACCUCCCUCGAACUGGAUCACAUUGCUGCACCUGCCGUGGUUCUGGACGACACCAUCUAUAUUCUAGGGGGAGAACUCAGCAAACAGGUCACAGUCUUCAAACCGAAGGAUGGAUCGAUCUCGUCUGCUCCAGAUAUGAACUUUAAACGUGCGGACCAUGCCGCUGUACUGAUAGACAAUAAGAUCUAUGUGAUGGGGGGUAUGCAGGACCCCGGGGCCCGACUCAUGGGUGCGAUGGCGCAUGACAGUAUCCACUGUUACAAUCCCUUAGGCGACGUCACGUCCGGAGAAUGCUGGGCCGAGAUAGGAAAAAUGCCGGAAGCCAUAGCCAUGCACGGAGCUGUGGCUGUGUACGAAGGUUAUUUACAAGGUGGAAGUGAUGUCACUAACUGUAACAGAGAGGUCUUUGGAGAUGAACCUUAGGACUAUGUUUUCGGUUUUGCGCUGUACGGAUGUUUUCGGUAUUGCGCGGUACUGUCCGUCCGCCAAAACAGACAGGAGCCUAAUCUCAACUUGGAGACUUGUCAUCAAUAAGAUAUGGCAGAUUUUACAUCGAAGAGACUAUUAAUUCAUGGGGAGGACAUCUUCUACUGUCUGAGUUGUGGUAAGGCCUGGUGUAGCUCUUAGCUUUUAAUAUAGUGGGAUGGGCUGGAAUAUCAAGAUGAAGUUUAAAAAACUAUAUCAGUACUAGUACUAGUACGAGGUCUCAAAAUCCUUGUUGUAUGCAAAUGAAUGCGAGAUUUUGGUUGAAUAGCUAAUUAAUAAAGGGUGAUUAAACGUUUAACUUAUACUUAGUCUUGUUAUGAUAUUUCUUAAAGAUUUGUUCUGAAGACAUAAUUCUUUUUUUGCCAGUGCGUCAGCACCGGCUUUGAGACAGGAGAAGCGGGUCUUUCAAUGGAUGCAUUUUCAAUGGAUGCAUGGAUGCAUGGAUCGGUCACUUUAACCAAA